GAUCAAAAGGGCGCAGCGCCGGGAAGGGGCGGACUCCGGAGUGGGGCGUUACGAAACCUUCGGGAACGGACGGCCACUCCUCGCAGGGGAGGGACCGAGGGCCGGGCCUCGUUCUCUAGAAGUCGCAGCACUGGAUCCCAGAACUCAGUUCUCUGUGGCUUCUCUGUGUCCGAGCCUCCGCAGCGAGCUACCUAGUGGCUCACAGCCCGGGCCGCUCUCCACGCGCCAAGUGCCUUCCCCGGCCAUGUCGUCCUGCAGCCGCGUGGCGCUGGUGACCGGGGCCAACAAAGGCAUCGGCUUCGCCAUCGCGCGCGACCUGUGCCGGCAAUUUUCGGGGGACGUGGUGCUUACGGCGCGGGACGAGGCGCGGGGCCGGGCGGCAGUGCAGCAGCUCCAGGCCGAGGGCCUGAGUCCCCGCUUCCACCUGCUGGACAUCGACGACCUGCAGAGCAUCCGCGCCCUGCGCGACUUCCUGCGCAAGGAGUACGGGGGCCUCAACGUGCUGGUCAACAACGCGGGCAUCGCCUUCCAGCCUGAUGAUCCAACACCCUUUGACAUUCGAGCUGAGAUAACACUGAAGACAAACUUUUUUGCCACAAGGAAUGUCUGCAUAGAAUUACUGCCAAUAAUAAAACCUCAUGGCAGGGUGGUGAAUAUCAGCAGUUUAGAGGGCUCCAAAGCUCUUGAAAAUUGCAGCCCAGAUCUACAGAAGAAGUUCCGAUGCGAGACGCUCACAGAAGGGGACCUGGUGGACCUCAUGAAAAAGUUUGUGGAGGAUGUGAACAACGAAGUGCACGAGAGGGAAGGCUGGCCCAACUCGGCUUAUGGGGUGUCCAAGCUGGGGGUCACGGUCUUAUCAAGGAUCUUGGCCCGGCGUCUGGAUGAGAAGAGAAAAGCGGACAGGAUUCUGCUGAACGCAUGCUGCCCGGGGUGGGUAAAAACGGACCUGGGUGGGCCUUGCGGCCCCAGGACUGUGGAGGAGGGAGCUGAGACCCCUGUCUACUUGGCCCUCCUGCCUCCAGAUGCUACCGAGCCUCAUGGCCAGCUAGUCCAUGACAAAGUCGUCCAAAACUGGUGAAUAUCUGCUUUGGUGCUUAAUGCUUAAUAAACGUUUGUGGAGUGAAUGAGUGAAUUCUGGUGGUGUAGUCGGCUUCAUUUUCUGUCGACUAGAAUCUCCCUGUGAGAAAGCGGGUCUCGUCUAGAAUCGGGCCGAGAGAUUUUAUUGUGCCCAGACUCUAACCUGAGACGGAGAAGAAUCUGGUCCAGUGGUUCUCCAGUGUCAGCGGGCAUCACAAUUACCUGGAGGGCAUGUUAAAACAUUGCUCAGAACUGGGGCGCAAAGAUGUGCACUUCUGACAAGUUCCUGGGUGCUGCUGGUGUUGGUCGAACGAGAGCCCUCAGGGCUACGGAGAGGGCUGCAGCUGUGUUCCAGCAAUCCCAUGCUGUUUCUAGGUUGUUGACUCUUCGAGGAUGUGAUUCCUCCUCCAUUUCUAUUCUGCAAUCCUGCUUUGUACCACAUUCUGUUUCAUUAUAUUUGGGCACGUUUGAACGGGUUCUUAUGAAGCAGUAUGGCUUGAAGGACUCAGGAGGAAUGUCCUUUUUUUUCACCGGGAUACGAUUUCUUCCAUACUGGGUUUUUCACUUGGGGGUUUGCAUUCUGUGUUCCCAGAAUGUUUGCAAAGUUGCCCUGCCCCUUCUUUCAAAUUGUCCCAGCAUAAGCAACUUUGUGCAGACCAUCUCUGCUCUCGCAGAGGCAGAUGUCUUCUCCCUGACCUGUUCCUGCUCCCCUACAGCCCAGGGUGAUUCUUGAGCCUUCCUGGGCCUUUUGUAGUCUCUCCGACAACCAACUCCACAUUCACUGCUUCCAAAUGGGACUGGCUUUGUAAUCAGCCCCCUUGGUUCUGGUUAUACCCUGUAGAAGAAGGACUUGGAGACUAAAGAAUCUUACGAAAGAGACGUACACUUGUGAGGCAAGUUUGCUAGGGCGUCAAGACCUCAGAAGGAAUGGCUAGCCAAACAACAGAAAUGCAACAGGUGCAAGAUGGACAAAUGACAAAGGAAAGAAACCACAAAUUUACCAAGUUUAUGAUGGGUUGUUCACGGUGAGAUACAGCAAUGUUGUCACCUGAUCAUGACCACAAAGGUCACAUCAUAUCACCUGACAACAGCAUUGCAGAAAUAAGAUGAUGCUGGCUUCCAUUUGAUAAUAAGUACAGUAUGGGAGUACUCAAGAUUUCCCUCAUUUGGUGGACCAGGACUACUCAGGUAACCCUGUUACGUCUGGUCUGUCACAGCGUGCAAAGUGUUUCUUCGUCUUGACUCUCCAACGUAACGACGGCAGCAUGGCAAAGUGUCGUGUAGCUCCUGACAACCCACACCUCACUUCUUCAUCCACUUUGGGUGGAGGACAUCUGAAUCCCACCCAGAUUACAUCUCACUUCCUUUAGCCAUCUCUAGAUUGCCUGAUUAAACCCAGCUUGCUCUUACAUUCAUCUCA